GUGCGGCGCCGCAGCGAGCGAGAAAGGGAUCGAGCGAGCGGGAGAGCGCAAGGAGAGACGGCGAUGGCUUUGGCGACGGCGUUGGCGAAGCUGCUCCGCGGCGGGCGUUCCGGCGUAUCCUCCUCCCACCUGCUGCCGGCGAUCGGCCGCCGGAUGCCGCAGGGGGGGCUCGCCCCGCUCCUUCCGCGCCUGGGAUCGUCUCGGGCCGCCCCCGCUGCGGGCAUCAGUCGUGGCAUCAACACGGAGUCCUUACCUGAGUUGGAUGUGAUGAGGAAGACCUAUUUGCAUAUCAAUGGCUCUUUCGAGCCGUACAACUCAAAGUAUAUUAUUCUGGAUCUUGAAGAGCGGAUGUGUAAGAUAGGUCACCACGUACAGUUGUACGGUAGACACUGGGUUUACCCUGCAGUCACAGCUGGUGUUGUGUUUGUGAUGGUGUUGACGGUUAUGGUUGGUCACCGAGAUCAAAAUGAUAAUGAGAAGACUUUAAUCAAGUUCAACCAAAAAUUGGCAAAGGCUCAGUCAGAUGUUGAGAAGCUAAGGGUAGCCCGCAACAAGUCUGAGAAGCAUCAAUCUUGAUGCUUUCAAGUGGCUUCAAAAAGUUGUGUGCUGGCGAUAAAACCUUUGGACUUUUGGUAGAAAGACAUUGGGGGUGAAAAGAUUGUUGGAGGCUUAAACUUAGCUGAAAUGCACAUUUUUUGAACUAUUCUGCUGGGAGUGUUGUGCCAAUUACUCUGUGCUAUUUGGAACUGAACUUGUAUGGGCGUAUACUCAUGUAUGUCCUGAUAGUGUUGCUACUUGGCAAAAUUGUGUGCGAAACUGUCUGUGAUGUUGUGUUGCUAUGCCUGUUGGAAGCAUGUUUUGUUGCGUUGUCAUGGCUGCCUCAAGGCC